UGGCGGCCGCCUGCAGAAGACGAAUUCUUCGACUUUUAAGGCAAUUUGAAGGCGAUAGCAAUAAUUUUAUGAAGAAUGCACCCCUAAAUAAAACACGAACAAUUGCAGCAUUGACUCUAGCGGUAUCAGGCGGAGCGACGUUUUGUUAUUUAUGUCGACAACGGCAGAAGUUCACUUUUAAUGUCAUCCCCACAGCUUACGCCCAGACGCAGCCUCAGGAGCAGAUUGUGAAAAACUGGUUUUUAUGGAAGCUGUUACAGGAGGAUCAGCAGGACCUGGACGGGGCCCAGCAACCCAUGAGCUACAGAGAAGAACGCUUCCUUUCAUUUGCCUCGCUGGAGUAUGCUGGCAAGAUCUACAUGACUCCCCAAGACUUCCUGGAGUCCGUGAUACAGGAAGAACCUAGAGAUCGUGUAAGAAGACGUUAUCUGCGAGAUAUAGAAGUAAAAAAAUGGCUAACAGACACACCAACACGACACAAAGGCUCCAUAGAACUGUUUCGAGCUAUACAUGAUAAAGGUUUAAUUUCUUACACAGAGUACCUGUUUCUGCUGUGUGUGCUGACAAAGCCCAAGUCUGGCUUUCACAUAGCCUUUAACAUGUUUGAUACAGAUGGCAACCAGCAGGUGGACAAGCAAGAAUUCCUUGUGUUGGCCAAUGUUUUUGCGUCCCCAUCACACGUGGAUUCUGUUGAGCACAGCCAACGCCCGUUUGCAGUUAUUAAAGGAGAAAACACAGCCGGCUCCAUGGAGGUUCCCUAUGAUGACUUAGAAACUGAUCCUCGACCAAAGAGAAAGCCUAUGAAUAUUUGGCAGCUUAAAGGAGACAGAGAGGGUGUUGAGGAUAUAGCAUUGUAUGCUGACACAACUUUACUGGUACACUUCUUUGGACAGAAAGGAAAAGAAAACCUGAGUUUUCAGGAUUUUGCUAGAUUCAUGGAGAACUUGCAGACGGAGGUCCUAGAGCUGGAGUUUGAGGAGUAUGCCCGGGGCAUGCCAACCAUCUCCGAGGAGGACUUUGCCAGAGUGCUGCUCCACUACACACAACUGAACCAGGCUGACUGUGAGGAAUAUAUUGAGAGGUUGAAGGAGAGAAGACCCGAGGAGAAGGCAAACCAGAAGGGUUGUAACCAGGGCAUAGUCUUCAAAGACUUCCGUGACUUUUUCCAAUUUUUAAACCACUUGGACGAUUUCUCCAUGGCAAUGAAGCUUUACACUGUAGCCAACCAGCCAGUCUCUCAAGAGUUGUUCCACAGGGCAGUGAUGGUGUGCACAGGACUAAAACUAAACCCCCAUGUAAUAGACACAGUGUUUCAGCUGUUUGAUAUAGAUGGUGAUGGCCAACUAAGUCAUCAGGAAUUCAUCUCUAUCAUGAAGAGUAGACUACAUCGUGGAUUCAGGUCUCACCUGGUGAAGAUGAACAGAUGGGAUUCCUUUAAGGCCUGUCUCAAGGAGGAAAUGAAAACAAAAUAGUCCAAGGACCGGAAUGUCAUCUCUAGAUUUGUCAUGAUUUCAGCUUAUUUUAUCAUUAAAAAUACAUUAAAAGACCUGCAGUUGGCUGAUGCCAGGACCUUGG